AUGGCGGACGCUGAACAUCACUCGGCUUAUGGAAUCGAAACGGAUUCGAUGACUCUUCAGCGUUAUGUCAUCCAAUCUCAAAAGAAACAUCCAACAGCUACUGGAGACCUUACCAACCUUUUGACUUCCCUUCUAACUGCGUUCAAGGCAAUCUCAAGCGCUGUCCGCAAAGCCGGUCUUGCGCAACUUUAUGGACUUGCUGGAAAUAGCAAUGUUCAAGGAGAGGAAGUCAAAAAGCUUGAUAUUCUUAGUAAUGAGUUGAUGAUUAACAUGCUCAAGUCGUCGUUCACUACAUGCGCAUUGAUCUCGGAAGAAAAUGAGAAGGUUAUCGAAAUUGAAGACGGAAAGCAGGGCAAAUAUAUCGUUAGCUUCGAUCCGCUUGAUGGAUCGUCCAAUAUUGAUUGUCUUGUCUCUAUUGGAACCAUCUUCGGAAUUCAUCGUAAAGUUGCUGAAGGACCAGUUACUGAUCAAGAUUUGCUCCAGCCUGGAAGAAAACUAGUUGCGGCUGGAUAUUGCUUGUAUGGAUCAGCUACUAUGGUUGUCCUUUCUACUGGUCAUGGUGUCAAUGGAUUCAUGCUCGAUCCCAGUUUGGGAGAAUUCAUUCUUACCCAUCGCCACAUGAAAGUUCCAGAAGUGGGAAAAGUGUACAGUAUUAACGAGGGAUAUGCGAAACACUGGAGUAAAGGAUUGACCGAAUAUGUGAGAACGAGAAAAUUCCCAGAGGAGGGCAAAAAGGGAAUGAACCAGAGAUAUGUCGGCUCCAUGGUUGCUGAUAUCCAUCGUACAAUUCUUAAUGGUGGAAUAUUCCUUUACCCAGCUACUAAAGAUGCUCCGAAUGGAAAGCUUCGUCUUCUCUACGAGGGUGCUCCAAUGGCCUACUUGAUUGAACAAGCUGGAGGACUUGCUGUUACCCACGAGGGAACCUCUCUUCUUGACAUUCAUCCAACGGAAAUCCAUCAGCGUACCACCGUUUUUAUGGGAAGCAAAAAAGAUGUUGAGGAGCUUUUGGAGUUUUUCGCCAAAUAUGAUAAAAACUAA